AUGGGUGGGCGGCCCGCUUCACGGCGGGCUGCGAAGACGCGUGGGCCACGCACGAUGCGCAGGUUGGCGAGACAACAAAUCGCCCCAUCGUUUUUCGCGGACCCCGCGGGCGGCGCGGCCGGGAGGAGGCAGAUUGGGCUGCGCAUGGGCGCUGUGUUAGGAAGUAUUCGCGCGCAGGCGCGGGGGACAUACGCGCCACCCGCCGCCGCAUCAAAUGAAUCAAGCGCGUCCGGGUCUUCAUCCGGAAAAGAGCAGCGCCCCGCAAGAGACGCAGGGAAGACGGCCGGGUGGAUUGCCGGGAACCCGCGCGCAUUUGGCAGACGGAUCGCUCAUCCGUAA